CUGUUUUUCAUCAUUAGGACAACAGUCACCUAACCCACAUGGACAGACAGAAUAUAGUGCCAAAAACAAAACUGGCAUCUCGUCUCCAGCUGGGACCUGAGAACACAGAAGUACCACAUAUGGUAGAAAGAAAGUAUAUUAUUCAUGAACAAGCUUUUAGCAUUCAGGGAGACAGCAGUGCACUGCCACCUUCAACAGAGAAGAAUGCUACUUUACUCCGCACAGCAGUUUACAGAAAAAACACAGAAAUGAAACACAAAGUGGUAAAAGAAGGAAAGAUGGAUUUUGAAUCUGUACUCUCAAGAAAACAUGAAGAUGGAAAAGAUAUAAUUGCUUGUCAGGCUAUUGAAGUGGCUGAGUCCAAGACACUGAUGGAUCAAAAGAGGAGCAUGACAAAAAUGAUAUCUUUAGGGUUGAAGAAUGAGAUGGGAAAGAAGCUUUCCAGGAUUCCUGUUUGUAAAGGAAUCAAUUAUGUCACUGGCACAUCAGCUGCUUGUACUAGACAUGCUGAAGGAAAGUACAGUAAACAGGUCUUAAAGUGUUAGACGGGGAAAGUAGGCAAUCUUAUAUAUUCUUUAUAUAUUUAUAGAAGUGCUUUAAAGAGUUCUUAUGCUGAUAGGAAUGCACAAAAAGAUCACAAACCAGGAGUUUUCCUGUUCACCUGCAAACAUGUUCUAACUUAUUAUUUGCUUUUUAUACUGAAGUCUGACUGAGCUUUUUAUGUGGUGCAGUGCACUGCUUAUUGUCUUCUGUCAAAGUAAUAUUUAUUUUGUGGCCCCUGGCUGCUUAGAAGUUGGAUAGCCCUGGUCUCUAGCCGUGAUUCUCAACCAGGAUGCCAUGGCACCCUGGGGUGCCUUGAGAUCCCUUCAAGGGUCCCUUGGGGGGCCAUGCAAUAGUAGUGUUGUUAGUUGUACAAAUAUUAUUCACAAGAUAAACCCAGUGAUUUCAAAUAAGAAUUCAUAGUGUUAAAAGCACGCUGACCUCUUGUGAUCUUUUUGAGUUCUUUGCAACCGCUUAAUUGUUCUAUUAUUUUUCUGUAGUCAAAACUGAGUGAAAACUAAGUGUUGGUAUUUUCCAAGGGCUAUUGUUAGUUUAAAAAGGUUUAGAACUAUUGGUCUAUAGCCGACAUUUUUGUAAAUAAAAUAAACCUGUGGGAAUGACACUGGCUAUGUCUAUGUAAUAAGAUUACUGUCUCCAGUGGUAGCAGUGCUCUGAGAAGCACUAUUGUCUUUGCAUGGCGUGAACUGGGCUAAUUAGCACUGCUGAAUUAUGAUGCCAGUUAGCCUGUCCCCAAGCUAACUAGUCAGAUUACAGUUCUAUAGCUUCAUUUGCUAGGCAAUCUGUUCUGAGCAGUGCAGUGCGAUGGGCUUGAAGGUGUUGUGGGCAGCCUCCAUGAUGCAGUGGUAUAAUAAAACACUGAAGCACAUGCUUAACUUCAUACAUGUGCUUAAGUCUGAUUGACUUCUUAUACUUACUAUAAUGAACUCAAUUAUAGGUCUGAGUGCUUUGCAGAAUUGGGGAUGUUUUGUAGUAUUUUCUCAAAUCUCAGUGAAAGUGAAAAAGUUAAGCCUUAAUGGUCUACUUUUGUUCAAGCAGAAGCAUCAUUCCCACUGAUGCAAGUAUAAUCACAUAUGAUAAGAUUAAAUGAAGAGGAAAGAAUUAGAAAAAGAUGUGUAAUUGUCUUUUUUUGUGAAAACCAGACUAGGUAAAAUAAUUAAUAUUUUUACUUUCUAUUGCACUUAUUUGGAAGUGAAACCUAUAUUGAUAUUUUUUUGCUUGUAAUUGAAAGGAGCUGGAUUUUACAUAAAGUACUCUAAAAUGCAUUGAAAUUAUUAGAAUUCUCUUUUAAAAGAUACAAAUUUUAUAAAUAUUGUCAUAAAUGUGAAGAAUAUAUAUUAACUAUAUAUAUUCUUCUGUAUAAAUAUAUAUUAACUAUACAAUAGCAACUUUUUCCUAGGAAAACAAAGCUUCAGAAUAAUAUUUGUGUACAAAAAGGACAGUCAUAAUCUACUUUCAGUAGCAAAUUGAUUGUAUAUUUAAACUGCUUCUUACAGAUGAUAAUGAGACUGAAAUUCAAACAGAAUUUCAGAACCAAGUUGUUUCAGAACCAAGUUGUCAUGAAAAGAUUUGUAAUCAACAGAAAGCUGCAACAUCACAUAGUAAAACUGUCAGGGUAAAGAUGUACUCUUAUGAUAGAACAGAACCAGCUGAUGAUGACGUGAUAAAGCAUAUUUUGAGGCUGAGAAGCAAACUUGGCUGGCAGACAGAAUUAUCGCCACGUCGAUUUUUAUCUAAAGCGGCUAAGAUGACUAAAAUUCAGAAGCUUGCACUUGGGAGACCUUUAUUGCUGAAAGAUUCUGGAGAAUAUGUAUAUUGUCUCCGCAGAGGAAGGGAUAACCCUGAAGCUCCUUAUAAUCCAUAUGAUCUACAGGUUGUUUCUGCAAACACAGCUAGGCAUGCUAAAGAAUACUGGACUGUUACGGCUUCAUUUGUUUCCAAGUUUAUUGCAGGAGAUAGAACAGAAGAAACAGAAAUGAUACCCGUAGCAAAAUGGCUCUGUGAAAGACAGAUUUAUUAUAUGUUACACAGUUUUAAUAUAUUUUCCAAUGCCUGCAUGAAAAAGUAUUUUUUCACCUGGAAAAGUAUUGUUCAAAGAGUUAGGAUGAACAGGAGCAAAUGGUCAGUGUCUCAAAAUGAAAAGUAUUUGUAUGCAUUUUACACCUGUGAUGUUUCUCUUAUUUCUAGAACAAUGAUGUACAAACAACUAUUUUUUGCUGAUGAAGUAUUUUUAAAAUGCUUACUUUAUAUUAGAGGACUGUGUGAAAAUACAAGUAACAUUAAUAGCUACAGAGGGUCAAAAAAUAAUGUAAUUUAUUUGAUAAAGGUGGACAGGUCCCGCACAUAUUCCUUGGAUGAGUUUUAUGAGGAGCAGUAUCAACAAAGCAAACAAGCUCUUAAUCAACUACAGACUUUCAGGGAGACAGUAAUCACAUCCAUUAAAAAUACUUUUAUUAGGGUGGCAGAAAUGAAGGGAGUUCAAAAACUUUUUCAGCUUGUGCCCACUGACAGUAAAGAGAAACCAAAAUGUACAGAAAUAGGGGAAUGGUGUCAGAUGACUAAAUGCUUUUCAAGAUUCCUUCAACUAGUUGACAAGAUUUUCCAGGAACUUCUUCGUAAAUUGGUGCACAAUGCUGUCCAUCUGCUUUUGGAGUGUUUUAAACGUUCCAGCAAUGUGACUGCUCUAGAUGAAAAGAAGAAUGAAAACCUUAUGAGGUUAUUUCUAUCAGUCUAGAUUGCAAACACUGGUUUAAAACAGAAUUUUGUUUCAUUAUAUUGUUUUUCUAAAAUAUUUGGAAUUCUUUUUAUUUUGUCCUGAUUUUAUAUUGGGAUUCUAGACCAUUGAAGUUUACUUUGUCAUCUAAAGCCUCUGGCAGAUGUUACACUUAAGACAUGAUUAGUCUGUUAAUCUUUCUUAACUAGUAAUCCGGUCAAAUAUUUAGGGAAUUAAUGGCACCAGAAAAAGGGAAAUCAGCCACAAAAAUAUUAUGCCAAAAAUAUGUAAUAUUUUUAUGGCUAGUUUUCAUCGUGCCUUAAAUUAGGACUGUCCUGGGGUCUCCAACUGGACCUGGUGCAAUCCUUGCUGAUCAAGAAUCAGCUGAUUGUCUGCUGGAUCUGGGACUACACCGGGGCUCUAAUCAGUCCCAAUGCAGUCUCUACUGGCUUAUCUUCAGCUGAUUGGCUGUCUUUAGGACCAGACAGGCUUCAACCAGCUUCAGUGAGGUUCCCAGAGACAGCAGAUGAUCAGAUGAUCAUCAUUUGGUUCCAGGGAUCACACUAGGUCUGUUCAAGCCUAGUGUGGUCCUGGAGCCAGUUGACAAUCAGAUAAUUAUUGGCCACCCACUUUCAAAUUGCUGGUGCAGGAGGAGUCCAGGAUUGUGAUCCCAGGAUCCCCCUGUAUGGGCAAGUAGGGCACCAUCGGCAUCUGACCACAACACCAAAAUUAUGUGUUCUGCCAUACACAUGUGGCAUGGCAUGAGAUAUGAUUGUUGGGAUUAGGGAUCAGAUCCCAUUGCACCUUUAAAUGAACUUCUGUCAGCAGCCUAAAUGUUUACCCUUAAAUAAAUCAUGUGAUAACGAUUUGGUAAA